UGAAGCGUGGAGGGUAGCAUCAGCACACUCGCCUUAUCUUCUCUCUCUCUCUCUCUCACCCUCCCCCUUCUUCCUCCUCCCUCCCCGGCACUCAGCCGGUGAUUAUCGGUAAAAAUGGCGUCUUCCAUUGGAGUUCCUUCUCUUUACCAGGUUCCUUACCUCGAAAUCUCCAAGCCCAAGUCGAAGAAGACACCUUCCUGUUUAGUUUUCUCUCUGGACAGGCCCUUCUUCCGUUCCCUUCCUCUCAGGAGGCCAUGCGUUAGCCUCUCAUCUUCUUCUGUAAUUCCUUCGGCCGUAGCCACUCCCAAUUCCGUGCUCAGCGAGGAGGCUUUCAAAGGUCUUGGUCUCUCUGACGACGAGAAUGCCCUCGACGAAGAGAACGGGGCCGUUCCUAGCUCAGAUGAGCUCGCCAUUUCUAAGCUUGGUUUGCCUGAGCGUCUUGCUGAUUCUCUUGAGAAGCGGGGUAUCACUCACCUCUUCCCUAUUCAGAGGGCUGUUCUGAUUCCUGCUUUAGAAGGCCGAGACAUCAUAGCUCGUGCCAAGACUGGAACUGGUAAGACCUUAGCUUUCGGUAUUCCAAUCAUCAAACGCCUCACUGAAGAUGCUGUCGACCACUCUUCUUUCAGGAGAUCUGGUCGCCUGCCGAAACUUCUUGUCCUUGCACCUACUCGUGAACUGGCAAAGCAAGUAGAGAAGGAGAUUAAAGAGUCUGCCCCCUAUUUGAGCACAGUGUGUGUUUAUGGUGGUGUUUCCUAUAAUACCCAGCAGAGUGCUCUUUCUCGUGGUGUCGAUGUUGUUGUUGGAACUCCUGGCCGAAUCAUUGACUUGAUUGAAGGCAGGAGUCUGAAAUUGGGAGAGGUCGAGUAUUUGGUACUUGAUGAAGCUGAUCAGAUGCUUGCUGUCGGGUUUGAGGAGGCCGUGGAAAGCAUUCUUGAAAAUCUGCCAUCGAAGCGACAGAGCAUGCUUUUCUCAGCAACUAUGCCUUCUUGGGUCAAGAAGUUGGCGAGGAAAUACUUGGAUAAUCCCCUGAAUAUCGAUCUGGUUGGAGACCGAGAGGAAAAGCUUGCUGAGGGGAUUAAGCUUUAUGCCAUCCCAGCCACGUCAACCUCAAAGCGCACCAUACUAAGCGAUCUCAUAACAGUGUAUGCAAAGGGUGGCAAGACCAUCGUCUUUACACAAACAAAAAAAGAUGCUGAUGAGGUCUCACUUGCGUUGACAAGCAGCAUAGCGUCUGAAGCAUUGCAUGGAGAUAUAUCCCAACAUCAGAGGGAAAGAACACUCAAUGGUUUCCGGCAAGGGAAAUUCACAGUUCUAGUUGCCACUGAUGUUGCAGCUCGUGGGCUCGACAUCCCAAAUGUUGAUCUCAUUAUCCAUUAUGAACUUCCAAAUGACCCAGAGACUUUUGUGCAUCGUUCUGGCCGUACUGGACGUGCUGGGAAAGAAGGCACUGCAGUUCUGAUGUUCACGAGCAGCCAAAGGAGAACAGUGAGAUCUCUGGAGCGUGAUGUCGGCUGCAACUUUGAAUUUAUUAGCCCACCAACUGUUGGAGAAGUGUUGGAAGCCUCGGCAGAACAAGUGGUUGCCACUCUAAAUGGAGUUCACCCUGAAUCCAUCGAGUUUUUCUCUGCAACUGCUGAGAGACUAUUUGAAGAAAAAGGAACGGGUGCAUUGGCUGCAGCUUUGGCACAAUUAAGUGGUUUUGCUCAGCCUCCAUCAUCUAGAUCGCUCAUCAGCCACGAGCAGGGAUGGGUGACAUUGCAAUUGAUGCGAGAUCCAUCAAAUUCGAGAGGCUAUCUAUCUGUGAGAUCUGUUACUGGUUUCCUCUCUGAUGUAUAUACUCCAGCUGCGGAUGAAGUUGGAAAAAUCUUCUUGAUUGCGGAUGACAGGGUGCAAGGAGCUGUUUUUGAUCUUCCGGAGGAUAUUGCGAAAGAGCUCCUUGACCAAGAACUGCCACCAGGAAACUCCAUCUCCAAGAUUACUAAGUUGCCUCCUCUGCAAGAUGAUGGGCCAGCUAGUGACUUCUAUGGGCGGUUUUCGAGCAGAGACCGGAUGCCCCGGGGAGGUUCCAGGGGAGGAGGUUCGAGGGGAUCCCGAUCUGGAAGAGGGUCACGAGGUUGGGGUGGGGGUAGAGAUUCCGACGAUGAGAGAGGAGGUAGAAACAACUGGUCUCGGGGCUCGAGGGAAAGCAAGGAUGAUUGGUUGAUUAGCGGUGGUGGAAGAAGAUCAAGCAGGUCCUCUUCUUCUUCGCGAGACAGGAGUUUCGGAGGUUCUUGCUUCAUCUGUGGGCGUUCGGGCCACAGGGCCACUGACUGUCCCGGCAAGAGAGACUACUAAGUGUAAACUCAGUUACGCUCUCGAGGCUGCUGUCCUGUUUGGUUGGUAACGGAUGAAUCUUGGACCUUGUUUACUGUCCGAGAAGGGGGAGGACAUUAGAGCGAGAGAGAGAGCUUCUGUUGCGUCUUUUGGAAGCAGGUAUUAGCACUGAAAAAGAGUUGGAGGAGGAUUAAACCAAAAGGAGGUGUUCUCAUUCUCGAUCGCAUUUUCUGGCUAUGGCGAAACGAGAAGAGCUGAUAGAUCUUAAUAUAUAUAUAUAUAUAUAUAUAUAUAUAUAUAUGCAUUUGGAAAUACCAAAAUCUGUACCUUUUUGGGUUCUGUGGACUAAAUGGGUAGUAGUUCUUAAGUUUGUUGACGUGACAUGUCUCUAUUUGUACUUGAUAUUGUGUUGUGUCGGAUAUAUGUACCGGAGGUCCAUGUUUUUGCUC